GCAUCUGUGGAAUGGACCAGCCACCAGCUUGAGAAGGGGAAAUUCCUGAAACUUGUAGACAUGGGCUUCUGGAACCAGCUGAAACUUUUGUUGUGGAAAAAUAUCACCCUGAAACGUCGGAAACUGGUGGUAUUGCUUUUUGAAUUGACCAUUCCUCUGGUCCUUUUCUUCAUUCUCAUGGCCAUAAGGAAGAAGCAGCCUGCAUAUCCAAUUGGAUCCAAUGAGUACUUGGUUUCACCUCUUCCAAGUGCUGGAGUUAUACCUGUGAUGCAGUCAUUCUGUGAUGUUAGAGAUCAUGAUGAUUAUGGGUUCCCAGUUUUUCCCAAUAGCAGUGUGGAGGAGGUCUUGGAGCAUCUGCAUGCACUAGCAAUGGAGAACAACUUCUUCCAACCAGACUUCACUCCAGAAGAAUUGGAAGACAUUCCUAGUAUAUAUCGAGAGAUUGUUGAAGAUCCUCUUGCUCUUCAUCGGGCAUUGCUUCAGAGCAGAAGCUACAAAUUAUCAGACUUCUUCAGUGCCAAGGACCAUCACGCUUCUCUCCAGCCAAUUAUGGAACAGCAUUUACUAUUGAAUGCUACCAAUGCUGAUGCUCUGCUCAAGUCAACAGUGAACCUGCCAGUUAUUUAUGAACUGAUGGUGCAGGAACUCAAAAAUGAUUCUUCUGCCAACAUAUCCAAGAUCAGCCCAUAUGCACAACAAAAUGUGAAAGCUUUUGACAGCUUGCUGAAGGAAAGGAAUGCUGAAAACCUGUGGGAUAUCAUUCAGUUUUUAGCAGUCAGUGAUCCUGAGUGGGGCAUGCAAGUCUUUCUUGAUGGUAUUAAAGGCAAACUUAUGGUCAUGGAUUGGAUCCAUGCACCAGAAAUGCUACAGAAGCUAUGUGCCUACCUACCUCUGGUUCUUGUUCCUCCCCUCAGUGACCCCAGCUAUUCAAUUCUGCAAAAGUCCAUCAGGCAGUUAUGUUCAUUGUCUCAAUCUCAAUGGGAUGCUUUCUCUUUGGCUGUUCUUCCUUACUUCAAUAAGGACUCUCUAAUUAAAGCAGUGGCUACAAAUGGCUGGAACAAGACAGCUGUCAAGGGAAGAUUGAAUAAUCUGAGGCUGAAGCUGUAUAAGUUUCACAAGUUCACUCACACACUGAAAGCUCUUGACUCCUUGGCAGAAGCAUUUCCCCAGGAUAUCUGCCUAGAUCCAGCAUCCCCUAAUGUUCUUGGAAAAACCAGUCAAGUACCCAUAAUGGCCAAUGAGACUUUGCAUUUGCUGGAUAUAAUUGGUCAGUAUGCAAAUGGGAUCCUAAAUGUCUCAGCUGAGAUUCGCGCUUUCUUAAUGGAAAACAAGACACAGAAAGCACUCCGUGAAAUGAGGGAUAUCCAUUCAGGAUUGAGGAUAGUCACAGAUGAUGUCAAUUAUGAACUUUAUCAUCAAAAAUAUUUGGAGAGCCACAAUGAAUUCAUCACUCCAGAUCAGGCAAGUCUAUUACUUGAAUCGCUAUUACGACAACUGAAGAACAUAUCGAAUGCUGCUUGCAGUUGGCUGGCUCUCACAUCUGGAAUUUCACUUGACAUUUUCAUGGGUUUUCCAUCUGAAGAAGACCUAAUGGACUACUACAUGAACAAAGCUUAUUGGGAUAAUGUCACUGUACUUGCAGCUGUCCUUUUCAACAUGACUGAAGAUGGAAAAAUGCCUAAUCACAUCAACUACACGAUUAGGCAAAAUGCAUCAUUUACCUGGGACACCAACAUGGUCCGAGAACGCUUCUGGUUUCCUGGUCCUCGUCAUUGGGGUUCCUAUUACUACCGGUUUGGCUUUGUAUGGAUUCAAGACAUUCUUGAACGAGCGAUGAUAUCUCUGUAUGCUGGAGUUGAGAUUGUGUCUCCUGGGAGCUACAUUCAAGAAAUGCCAUAUCCUUGCUACAUGGAGGAUGAAUUUUUUUUCAUGAUUCAGCAUGUCAUGCCACUUUGCCUUACUAUAUCAUGGGUAUAUUCAGUUGCCAUACUUGUUCAAAAUAUUGUCUGCGAGAAAGAGCAGCGAUUGAAAGAGGUGAGUAUCAUGUUCCUCCAUAGCUGUAGAGGCAUCUAUUGGGUGAUGAAGAUGAUGGGACUGACUAAUGGUGUUCAUUGGGUGGCAUGGUUUAUUACAAGUCUUAGUCAAAUGUCUAUCACAGUGGUUGCCCUGACACUCAUCCUGAAAUAUGGGAAGAUUCUCACCUAUAGUAACCCCUGGAUCAUCUUCCUCGUGCUUGAGAUCUUUGCGAUUGCCAAUAUUAUCUUCUCGUUCCUUAUCAGCGUGUUAUAUUCAAAAGCAAAGUUGGCUGCAGCUUGUGCAGGGAUUAUCUACUUCCUUUGCUACAUCCCAUACAUGUACCUGGCAGUGAGAGAAGACAGUGCACAUGACGUUAUCCCAGCAUGGCUUCGAUUUCUAGCUCAUGUUGUGUUAGUGCUAAAUGGUUGUAAUUUCUUGAAACCUUCCCAGUCCUUGCUGUCUACUUCUGCAUUUGGACUGGGGUCCAAGUAUUUUGCCUUCUAUGAAGAAGUGGGUGUUGGUGUGCAGUGGGACAAUUUUUACAAGUCUCCAGUGGAGGAUGAUACUUACAAUCUGCUCAGUGUCACCAUCAUGAUGAUUCUCGACUCCUUCAUAUAUGCCCUUCUUGUAUGGUACAUUGAGAAUGUCCAUCCUGGAUCAUAUGGUAUCCCCAAGCCCUGGUAUUUUCCAUUUCUGACAUCUUACUGGAAGGAUGGUCGAACAGAGGAUUGUGGUUUCAGUCUCAAGCAACUGUUGAAGAGGCUUUUUCAAAGUUCCUCCACGCUCUCAGUCAUGGAUGAAGAUCUUGCAUGUGCCUUGGAGAGCCGAAGAGAUGAUGAAGAAAGACUCUUUGAGGAAGAACCUGGCCACAUUCCACUAGGAGUAUGCAUUGAGAGUUUGACCAAGACUUAUCAUGGAAGCAAUCGCCCUGCUGUCUAUAAUCUUUCCAUUAACUUAUAUGAAGGACAAAUUACAACAUUGCUUGGACACAAUGGAGCUGGAAAGACCACCACAAUGUCUAUUUUAUCUGGGCUAUUUCCACCCACACAUGGCCGUGCAGUGAUCUAUGGACAUGACAUCAGAUCUUCCAUGGACCUCAUUAGACAUUCCCUUGGGAUGUGUCCUCAGCAUAAUGUCCUCUUUGAUGACCUCACUGUUGAAGAACAUUUCUGGUUCUACUCCUGCCUAAAGGACAAUGGUGCCCUUUUUCUGGAAGAAAACAUGGAGAGGCUCCUCAGUGACUUAAGUCUCUUGGAGAAACGACACAUGAAGGUGCACUGCUUGAGUGGAGGGAUGAAGCGAAAGCUCUCUGUUGGAAUUGCUUUUGUGGGUGGCAGUAAAAUAGUUAUCCUGGAUGAGCCCACUGCUGGUGUUGAUCCAUGUUCAAGGAGGAGCCUCUGGGACUUCAUUGCUCAAUAUAAGAAAGGGCGAACGAUCCUCUUGUCAACACAUCACAUGGAUGAGGCAGACAUCUUGAGUGAUCGCAUUGCAGUCCUGUCCAAUGGAAAAGUAAAAUGCUGUGGAUCAUCUUUAUUCUUGAAAGCCAAGCUUGGAGAGGGUUACCAUCUCCAUGUAGUGAAGGAGCAUACAGAUGAUGAGACUGGAUCACCCAGGUCCUUCACAUCCAAAUGCCAGGAAAGAAGAGUGACUUCAUUCAUUCAGAAACAUAUACCUACUGCAUAUCUGGUCUCAGAAACCCAUCAUGAGCUUCAUUAUGUCCUUCCAAUGCAUGAACUCCAUCGAGGACACUUCCCUCCUCUCUUCCAGGACUUAGAAGGAACCAAAACAAGGCUGCAUAUACAGAGUUAUGGAAUCAUGAAUACAAGUAUGGAGGAAGUGUUUCUCAAAGUAGCCUCAGACCUUCCAAAAAGCCGCUCUACAAGUUUUGGCCAUAAUGAAGGUGAAAGUUCACUAGAUGGAAGGCUCCCUGGGCAAAAUGAAGAUGAAGACUCUCAGCUUCUUGAUUUGAUGGAUGAUAAACUGGAUGGAUCAGCGGAUUCGGAGUCAGGGCUAGGGAAACUGGUCCUUGUAGAUAGUGAUGAAGAACCCUCCAUACCUUCACAAAGAAGCAGACAUGAUAGAGUCAUAGAUGAUGAUGUUCCACUUCUGGAUGAUGUGAAUGUAGAGGACUUUCUAGUGAAGCAGGAUUCGGAUGGAACUCAUCCUGAGAAGAUAGUCUGUGCCAAAUUUCAAGGAGGAUGCAGAUCCAACAUGCUGCAAGGAAGGCCUCUCAUGUGCCAACAGUUUUGGGCCAUUCUAUUGAAGAGAUACCUCUGCACCAAACAUAAUUGGAAAGGUCUCUUCUCACAGAUCCUUCUGCCAGCUUUCUUUGUUGCAGUGGCAAUGUCAGUGGCUUUGACUGCUCCUCGAGUUCAAGAGUUUCAUCCUCUCAUUCUCUCCCCAUCUCAAUAUUACAACUAUACUCAGCCAUAUGGGAAUGCAGUUCCUUUUGCAAGCAAUGGAAGAGACCUGAAUGAAUCAAAGAUUCAUACAGAGGCUGACUCAAAGAAGAUCAUGGAGACCAUCCACCUUCCAUCUGGGAUUGGUGCCACUUGUGUCCUUUUGGAUCCUUUCAACACAUUCAAUUUCAGUGAUUUCAAUUUCACUGUCCGGGACUUUGAGCUCUUGGCUGAUUAUUUUGAGCCAGGAUGUUCCAGUGUGUUUGUUCCAGGACGCCCCUUCUUUAAUUUUGUGCCUCCUGCACCAACAGUAGAACCAUCAUCAUUUCCACCCAAUGGUACAUCUCCCUCAAAUGGUACCACCAGAGCCUACCCUGACUGCUGGUGUUCUGAUGAUCAGACUGGAUUUGUAUGUGAUUCAUCUGGAUAUGAACCUCCAUCCUCAUUUGAAGUAGUCACCGAUGAUAUUUUGUUUGAUGUCUCUGGUCAAAAUGAAUCUGAGUAUUUGCUCUACACGACUGACACAUUCAGGUUGAGGAGGUAUGGUGGCUUGUCAUUUGGGCACUUGAGAGAAUUUGUGCCGCUUGAUUUUGGAGUUGAUGCUCCACCAUUGUUCCAGAAAAUUGCCAUUCGACAUGCAGUCAAAAUAUGGUAUAAUAAUAAGGGAUUUCAUUCCAUGCCAACUUAUGUGAACACCAUGAACAAUGCCAUACUCAGAGCCAAUUUGCCUUUUGAAAAAGGGAACCCUGCUGCCUAUGGCAUCACUGUCAUUAACCACCCCUUCCAAGAUUCUGGUGGACUGUGGCAACUGGAACAGCUUCUUCAAGGAACAGAUAUCAUGAUAGCAAUUUUUAUCAUUGCAGCCAUGAGCUUUGUACCUGCUAGCUUCAUUCUCUUCCUAGUCUAUGAGCGAUCCUCAAAGGCAAAGCAUCUUCAGAUGGUGUCUGGUGUUCAUCCCAUCAUUUAUUGGGUUGCAAAUCUGUGUUGGGAUAUGUGCAAUUAUGUGGUUCCUGCUCUGGUGAGCAUUUUAAUUCUACUCAUCUUCCAAAUACCUGCCUAUACUUCAAGAAACAAUUUUCCUGCUGUUGUGGCUCUCUUCUUCAUGUAUGGAUGGUCAAUGACUCCAGUGAUGUAUCCUGCCUCAUUCUUGUUCAAAGAAUCCAGCACAGCAUAUGUGUUCCUUAUAGUCAUCAACUUGUUUGUUGGGAUGACAUGCCUGGUCACAUCUUCUGUCCUUCAACAUCUGGGAAGGAUCCAUGACAUACUGAGGAUUAUCUUCCUGGUAUUCCCCAAUUAUUGCCUUGGUAGGGGACUCAUGGACAUCGCAUUCAAUGAAUAUCACAACAACUUCAUGCUCCAAACAGGUGAAACCACAUUUUCUUGUAUCUGUAACAAAUUAUGCUGCUCAAGAAUUGAAAGAUGGGCAAAAGAAAAGGACAUAUCACCACAUCAUACUAGUGUUUGCUGUUCUUGCCAAGCAGGCCAGAUGUCAUCAAUGCAUUCUCCAUUUGAAUGGGACUUGGUGACACGAAAUUUGGUUGCUAUGGGGAUUUCAGGCAUCAUCUUCUUUAUUGUCACCCUCUGCCUUGAAUUCAAAUUCUGCCAAAGAUCUCAGAUCUUAAAAGUGGAAGGAAGAGAGGAAAAUAAGAAUGAAGAUGAAGAUGUCCAGGAGGAGAGGCAGAGGAUCAUGAGUGGGAGAUCAUCACAGGAUAUAAUAUGCCUGAAGAACUUGACCAAAAUCUACACAACCAAAAAGCAAGGCAUCCACCUUGCUGUUGAUCAUCUUUGCAUUGGCCUCCCUCGAGGAGAAUGUUUUGGGUUGCUGGGGCUUAAUGGGGCUGGGAAGACUACAACAUUCAAGAUGCUCACUGGAGACACAUCAAUCACAGAAGGAGAUGCAAUUGUGGCUGGUCAUAGCAUCCAAAGAGACAUGAAGCAUGUCAAGUCCUACAUUGGAUAUUGCCCUCAGUUUGAUGCUAUAUAUGAUGAGCUCACUGCACGGGAACACAUCCAGCUCUAUUGUCGGUCUGUAGAAAAGUUUUCCAUUUGCUGUCAUAAAGAGAACCUCUGUUCUUUCGAUCUGUCCCUAUAUCUUAGCCUAUAUGAAUGUAGGUUUCGUGGAAUACCAAAGCAGGAGGAAGAAGAGGUGAUCUCAUGGACUCUGAAAAAAUUAGAUUUAAUGAAGUAUGCUGAUCAGGAGUCACGUACUUACAGUGGAGGUAACAAGCGAAAACUCUCUGCUGCCAUUGCUCUUAUUGGUGGACCUCCUGUCAUCUUUCUGGACGAGCCAACAACUGGAAUGGAUCCUCAUUCUCGCCGCUUCCUUUGGGACUUGAUACAAGAGCUGGUGAGAGAAGGGCGCUCUGUGAUCCUCACUUCACAUUCUAUGGAGGAAUGUGAAGCAUUAUGUACACGAUUGGCCAUCAUGGUCAAUGGUUCCUUCAAAUGCCUUGGAUCCACUCAGCACCUGAAAAACAGGUUUGGAGAUGGGUAUUCUAUUAUUGUUCAUACCAAGAAAGCAGAGAAGGGAUCAGUUGAGGUCUUCUUCUCUCAGAAUUUUCCUCAGGCUGAAUUGAAGGAUCGGCAUCACAGUAUGCUCCUGUAUGAGAUGAAGUCGUCAGAUAUAUCUUUGGCCGAAAUCUUUGAGAAGCUGGAAUAUGCCCUUUCGGAGCUCCCAAUCAAGGGCUAUUCUGUGUCUCAGAACACACUUGACAGUGUGUUCAUAAACUUCGUGAAGUAUCAGAGUGAGGAGCAUGGAAGGAGAUGCAUCAACAGGGGAAACAGCAGUCCAUUUGUGAUCUAGUCCAUAUCUUCUCCCUGCUUCUGCAACCACGAACUUCAGACUGAAUGCUCUGCAGUAUUUGAUUGAUUUCUCUGUUCAUAUUUUGUUUGCAUAUCCUGAGAUGUCAAAAGUUUUGAUGACAUAUCUUUGUGUGAAGCCAUGGCUAUCCUGUGAUUUCUGUGCAUCAGUCAUUGAUGGCAUCCAUAACCCAAGUGAAACUGACUCAUGAUCUCUAUUAUCCAUUGUCAGUCAUGGUGUAAUGCUAUGGGUAAACCUUUAGAUUUUGUGAUUUUGUUGUCUUUCAUGUUCCUACUUUUGAUUUCUGAGUAAAAACUUGAAUUAAAAAAUGAUAUCGACA